GAGACUUGAGUAAGGAUGCAGCUGUGCUGUGAAUCCAUAAAUGGCUCUUGCAUAAGGAGCAGCUGGUCCAACAGCAUCCGAACCUCCAUGUAUGCUCUCAUGGUUUGUGUUAUCCUAGCCACAGUGGCUGGGAAUCUGACAGUCAUCAUCUCCAUAUCGCAUUUCAAGCAGCUCCAUACGCCUACCAACUUCCUGAUACUUUCCAUGGCCACAGCAGACCUCCUGCUGGGAUUCCUCAUCAUGCCUUGCAGCAUGGUGCGCUCAGUUGAGCACUGCUGGUAUUUUGGAGAGCUCCUCUGCAAGAUCCACAGCAGCAUGGACAUCAUGCUGAGCACAGCUUCCAUCUUCCACCUGUCCUUCAUAUCCAUUGACCGCUACUACGCUGUGUGUGACCCUCUGAGGUACAAAUCAAAGAUAAACACUUGCAUUAUCCUGCUCAUGAUAUUCAUCAGCUGGAUGCUCCCUGCUGCGUUCGCUUUUGGGAUGAUCUUUCUAGACCUCAAUUUGCAAGGGGCAGAAGAGUUUUAUAAUCAUGUCCAUUGUGCAGGAGGAUGCUUUCUCGUCUUCAGUGAAACUGCAGGGGUAGUGGCCUCUGUAGUGUCUUUUUACAUCCCUGGAUUUGUAAUGCUGUGCAUCUAUAGAAAAAUAUAUUCCAUAGCCAAGAGACAAGCAAGGUCCAUUGAUGCCAUUAGCCAGAGAAAGAUGCAGUGUGAAACCAAGCACCACGUUUCAUUCUGCAGAGAAAGAAAGGCUGCAAAGACAUUGGGCAUAAUAAUGGGAGUGUUCCUCAUCUGCUGGAGUCCAUUCUUCUUCUUUACAGCAACCAACCCAUUCAUGAAUUAUGUGAUACCUCCUGUUCUCAUUGAUGCUUUGGUUUGGUUUGGUUAUUUAAAUUCUACACUUAACCCAAUUGUUUAUGCAUUUUUUUAUAUGUGGUUUCGCAGGGCAUUAAAGAUGAUUCUGUUUGGAAAAGUUUUUCAGCAGGACUCUUCCAGGACUCAUUUGUUUUUAGAGUAG